CAAACCAAAAGUCUGUUCGUCGAAAUAAAAAUAAAAUGGCAUUGCGUCUCUUUUCCUGCAGAAAUUCGCUUCAAAUAGCAAGAUUCGGCAUCCGUGCUAUGAGUGGGGAGUAUGGCAGUGGAGCUGGAAAGGGUGGAGGUAGUGGAGGAUCUGUAAGAGAGGCUGGUGGUUCCUUUGGCAAAAUGGAGGCUGCUCAUGAAGAACAAUACUUUAGAAAAAUGCAACAAGAGCAGCUUAAAGCAUUGCAUGACCACCACAAAGAAGAAGUAGAUAACCAUGAAACGGAAAUUCAAAGACAUCAGGAAGCCAUUGCCCGCCAUAAGGAGAAACUUGGCAAGUUGAAGUCUCUAGAAAAGAAAGGAUCAGACACAGAUUAAAAAAAUUCAUCUUAGGCAUUGAAUGAUUAGCAGAUUUGAUUAUUAAUCUAGUGAUUGAUGAUUUGAACUAUGGUUUAAAUAGCAACUGUGACACUGAGUCUAAGCACAAUGUGCUUUAAAACUUGUUGAGAGACAUUAUGACAUCUAUAUUUGCCAAAGUAAUUUGAUUACAAACACAGAAACUGUGAAGUAUACUAGUAUUGUAAGUUUGAUUUUCGAUUGUUGUGUGUACACAGUGUAGUAAAACAUUUAUUUGGUGAACACAUUUUGUUCUACUUAACAUUUGAAAUGUGUAAAUAAAGAAAUAGGAAUGAAUAAAAA